UCCCCCGGCCCGCCCCAGGGCCGCCGCCAUGGCGGGCGGAGCGCGCCGUCUGUACCGCCGCAUCCUGCAGCUGCACCGUGCGCUGCCGCCCGCCCUGCGCGACCUGGGCGACCGCUACGUCAAGGAGGAGUUCCGGAGGCACAGGGCGGCCGGGCCCGCCGAGGCCCAGCGCUUCCUGCGGGAAUGGGAGAACUAUGCAGCACUGAUCCAGCAACAAAUUAAUGAGGACAAACAAAACUUGAGAGAAAAGGCUGUAUAUGGAAUUCAGCUCACAGAAGAAAAACUUAAUGACUUCCGUGAUGAACAGAUUGGGCAGCUGAAGGAACUGAUGGACGAGGCUACCAAACCUAAUAAAAAAAUUACCAUUUCUAAAGACUCAGAAUAUAAAACCUAAAGGAUUAAAAAAUUACUUUAAUGCAUAUGGAAGCAUUUUGAAACUGCUUUUUUCAGCUGUAUUUGAAUGUGAUUUCUGUGAGAUAAUGGACACUGCUGAUGCUAAAACUUGUCCGAAAUGGAUGUGUUUGGCUUUCUGUGCAAGAAUAAAUGGAAAACUGGAAUAAUCUCAACACUUUUAUGUUAAUUGCAUUAUUUUUCUCUCCUUUUUUCCCCCUGCUAAUGGAUGUUGAAGACUGAAAGAAUUUGGGA